GCUUUUUUCCUGCACAGCGCUGCUCCUGAAUGCCUCCUGGUUUGUAGUUUCGGGUUGAGCAGGAUGUUGUUGUUAGCUUCAGUUUUGGAGGAGAACUUCCAGUAGUCCUGCACACAUGUGGCUGUUUUAAAGGAAUGGGCUGAAAUCCACCUGCGUUCAAAAUGGCGAGAGACAGGAAGUGCAUCCUCUGUGAAACGGUCUACAUCUCCAAGCAGGAGAUGGAUGAGCACAUGAGGAGUAUGCUGCACCACCGUGAGCUGGAGAAGCUCAAAGGCCGGGAUUGUGGACACGAGUGCCGAGUGUGUAAAGUGAAGGUGGUCAGCCUCACCGAAUACGCCGGACACAUCUCCAGCCCGACGCACAAGCAGAACGUGGAGGCGGCCGAACGGAAGCCCGCCAGGAACGACCACGACGAGGAAUACUUCGACCAGGCUUUGGUGGAGCUGAUCGAGAAGAGAAAGGAGCAGAUCAGAAAAGAGAAGGAGGCCACCGCUGCAAAGCAGGCAAAAGAAGAAGAGGAUCGAAGAAGGAAAGAGGAGUUUCAGCAGAGACUAAAGGAAGCGAAGGACAAUUACCGCUUCGGUCUCGCCUGGCAGCAGCAGCCAUCGCAGGGGUUCGGUGAUUCCGGUCAUAACACUUCCUGGGUCGGCAGCAACCGAUAUAACCCCAGAGCAGGGCAGGCUCGACCCUGGCACCACAAUAACCAGGGAAAGAGUGCCACCUGGCACGCUCAGGAGCCUCCCAACCUGCAGAAAUGGGCGUCUGCAGAGUUUGGUGGAAGAAACUUCAACGCCCAGGAGGGCCGGAGCAACAGGACGUGGGGUCAGGGUAGGUUUCCUGGAAACCCACAGAACCGGCUGCCGUGGCUCAGCAACGGGGGCAGCAGUAACGGGCUCUACGGCCAAAACAAUAUUUCCCAGUACGCUCAGAGGGGGCGACCCAUCAGCCUGCUGGGGCCUCCACCCAGUUUCUUCGCCCACGCCUUCAACCAGUUUCAGAACAUGGGCUCUGACCAGAGAGCUCAGCAGGGUCCUGGGCUUCAGAACCGGGAGGGACAGUCAGCAGAACCUGAACGUAACAGCAGCAAGAGUUCCAAGGCUUUUGGUAGCAACCCAAAACUGGACAAAGCCUGCCGCUGGUCGCCCUAUCCGGUCGCAAAGGGUUCUGAGCCCCAUAACGAUACCAACCCAAACUCAUCAGAGAAGUUCCCCAAAGGCCCCAAACCCCAGAAUAAAACACCGGAAACCAGCGGCUUUAACAGGCAGUCCAGACCUGAGCAGAAAGCAGGGCAGCUGACAACUAGUCGACAAAGUGUGGAAGACAAAGGGAAGCUUAAAACAAACCCAGCGACCAAACCCAGAGAUGGAAGCAGCAGCAGUCGAAGCAGAAGCUCUCAGAGAGAAGGACAGCAGAACCCUGCAUCAGGUUCUGCAAAUCCAAAGCUAAAUAUAGACAGAAAGAUGUCCGGUCUCAGUAGUGGAGCUCAACUCAGUAAGGCCUCCAGUCAAGUUCAAUCAAAACCAACUGCAAAACAAAGUGGACUAAAGGCUCCACCUGUUGGGCCCCUUCCGUCAAGACAAGAACAGCAGCUUCCGGAGGCAGUGAAGAAAGCCAGGCAGAUUGUUUUAGAGAAGAGAGGCUCUUUAGACAGCUCUAAUAACAGCAGGAUGGAAGUGACACGGCACAUCGUGGAGGAUCAGGCAGUUGGAGUGAACAAGGAAAACAGCUGCAGGCAGAAUGCGAGUAAACCUGAAGCAGUCCGGCCAGAAAAGCCUUCGCUGACAUCUUCAGACAGCAGCCAGUUUCUCCAGUCGUUACAAGUCAGCACCUCCACCAUGGAGAGCCCUGAGGCUGCAGCUUCAAGCCAUGACGACGAGGAGAGCAGGAGGAAAUCGGAGAAGCAAACCAGCUCUGUGGCCUUGGAUGAUGCCAUGCAGGUCGCUGAGGCGGGUCAGAGCUCGGAAAGCGACACCUCCAGAAGUGGAGAAGCUCAGACCGGGUCGAACAGUCUGUCCAAGCUGGACCUGCCUCCCGUGUUGAAACGGGACCUCAGCAAGCACAUCAGCUGCAAGAACAAAACAGGAGCCCACGAACCCAACCUGAACAUUGCCAGGCGGGUUCGUAACCUGAGCGAGUCGCGGAGAAGUGACACUGAAAAGGAUUCCGGGCUCAAACCGACAGUACGGCAGCUCAUCAGCUCCUCCGGGUCGCGACGAAAUGUGAACUGGGAACAGGUGUAUCAGGAAGUCCGGAAGAAGCAGGACAUGGGGAAAGGCAUGCCAAGGUUUGGGAUAGAGAUGGUGCCAUCUGAGCAGGGGUACCAGAGCCAGGAGGAGGACGACAUUCCCCUGCUGGAGGGUUUCCAAUGGGAGUCGUUAAUGGAUGUCUCUUCCCAGGGUGGCGCCUCCAGAAAACGCUCCUUAUCUGAGAGCAGCAUCGCCCCUGCAUCCACACACUCCCUGUUUACGACCCUCACAUCCAAAGAUACAGCACAGAGGGAAGACUUCAGAUUAGAGCACCAGGGAUCUGCAGUUUCUCCCAACCGCACAUCCACUCAAGGAAGCCGAGACAAUCAGCCAGAGGUUGGGCAGAUGUUAGAUCAGUUUGAUGCUAAAGGAAAGAAGCAUCCGGACAAAAUAAAGACGGAGAAAGCAGGUCUGCAGAGAUCUGAUUCAGUCCUAGGAGACAGCAGUUCAGGGACGGAGCAGUAUGAUGGUCAGGGAACAGGGAAGAGGCGACGAGCAGCAGGGGAUGUCCCAAAUACAGAGUCUUCAUGCUUGGAACAUAAUAGCAAAAGACGGAAGGUCAAACCCAAAAAAGAGCGUUUACCGAUCGACCAGCUGCUGGCGGUGUCUCUGCGGGAGGACGAGCUGAGUCGAUCCCUGCAGACGGUGGACACGAGUCUGAUCCAGGCCCGAGCUGCUCUGGAGGCUGCAUACAUGGAGGUGCAGCGUCUGAUGGUGGUCAAACAGCAGAUGAACGAGGAGAUGAGCUCGCUGAGAAACAAGCGGAUUGAGCUGCUAAAAGGGAUGCAAGGUACCGCAGAGGAAGCCCCUCAGGUCAUACUGAAAGAGGAAAAGAUGGAUCCAGUAGAAGCUGAGCCGCACAUCCCCUCCUCUGCACUGCUUCCUCCUGUCAUGGACUCUGCUGCUUCCAGUCCUGGUCGAGCUGCAGAAUGCGCCUCUCCUCCCUCCUCCAGCCUUCCCUUCAUGACUGUGGUGGUGAAGCAGGAGCCUCAGUCUCCGGUUCACGUCAGCCAGGAGCUGGACGCUGCCGACGGUUUGACCCACUGCGCUCACAGCACCACUCCAGAGCUGCCAGUCGCUGCCGCCACGACCUCUCAGUCAGAUCCUCCCUUGAACUUUCCGCCGUCUCCUGAAAGAAAACCUGAGCCGUACCAGACUAACUAUGUCGAGCCUGCAGACUACAAAGAGAAGCUGCAGGGACUGGUGGAGAUGACAGAAAAGGGCGUUCAGGCGGCGAGGAGCUGCCUGACAUCUUCUCCUGACUCCAAGCCCUGCAUAAAACCUCUGUCUACCAGCAGGAGAAGCUCUGAAGUUACUGACUCGCACUCCUUCCAGCCUCCGUUGGCGCCUUCAGCCCUGAACAUGCCGACCUCUCCGUCCGAGCUGAGGGCCGGGAAGCGCGUGAGGAAGCUGAAGAAGAGGAAAGCGCUGAAGAAGGCUCUGGGCCUGGAGCAGCCGGAGAGCACCGACACCGAGAUGGACGAAGAGGCGUCGAGGCCCAGAUUCCUCCGACCGCGACGGAGACCCAGCGGAGGGUCUCAGGUCAGCACCUCCAGUCUCCCCACAGAAGAUAAAGACGGUGACGUGAAGGCGCUCAGGACGACGGUCAAAGCUGAGAAUGUCAACCACAAAGACAUGGUAGAGCUUCCUCAGGCGGCCACUACUCAUUUUAUGGUGACUUUGGAUUCAGAGGAAAGUAUGGAGGUCACCUGUCAGCAGCCCCACAUGGACGCCCCGCUUCUGCUUCAACCUCCAGCUCCAGACUCCUCCAGCCUGGCCUGCAACGAGGUCUCCUCCACCAGUGACAUGGAUCUGUGCAAGUCUUCUGAGAGUGAUUUGCCGUUUGCCACCACACAGCCCAAGAACUCAUCAGAUGCGUCCUCCGACCACGGCGAGGACGAUAUGCCCACCGACGGUGCGUUCGAGGGCCACCAGGAGGCCGUAAACGCGAUGCACAUCCACAAGGGGCUGCUGUACACGUGUUCAGGAGAUCGAACCGUCAAAGCCUUUGACCUGGUGAGCCAUAAAUGUGUCGGUGUGUUCGAGGGCCACAGCUCCAAAGUGAGCUGCCUGUCGGUGUCUGCAGCUCCUGGACUCCAUCAUCGCCUUUAUUCUGGUUCCAGUGAUCAGACCAUACGCUGCUACAGUCUCAAGACUCGAGAACUGGAGCAGCAGUUCUGUCUGUCAGACCGAGUCCUCUGCCUUCACAGCCGCUGGAGAACUUUGUACGCUGGUCUGGGCAACGGCACCGUGGUCACCUUCAACCUCAAGUCUAACAAGCAGAUGGACGUGUUCGAGUGCCACGCGCCGCGAGCCGUCAGCUGCCUGGCUUCGUCUCAGGAAGGAGCUCGGAGGAUCCUGCUGGUCGGAUCCUUCGACAACACCAUCAGCGUGAGGGACGCCAAGAACGGACUGCUGCUGAGGACGCUGGAGGGUCACACCAAGACCGUGCUCUGCAUGAAGGUGGUCAAUGAUCUGGUGUUUAGUGGAUCCAGUGAUCAGUGUGUCCACGCACACAACAUCCACACAGGGGAGCUGGUUCGGGUCUAUAAAGGCCAUAGUCAUGCUGUUACCGUGGUAGCGGUCCUGGGGAAAGUGAUGGUAACCGCCUGCCUCGAUAAACUGGUCCGAGUCUAUGACCUGCAGUCUCAUGAGCAGCUGCAGGUUUACGGUGGACACAAGGACAUGGUGAUGUGUAUGUCUGUCCACAAGAACAUGAUCUACACAGGUUGUUAUGACGGCAGCAUUCAGGCCGUCAAGCUGAACCUGAUGCAGAACUACCGAUGCUGGUGGCACGGCUGCUCGCUGGUCUUCGGCCUGACGGAACAUCUGCAGCAGCACCUGAUCAAAGACCACACCGGAGCCAAACUCCAGACCAUCAAGUGCCGCUGGAAAAACUGUGAGGAGUUUUUCUGUUCACGCAACAGCUCCAAGCAGGGGAUGCAGGUGCACAUGCAGAAACAUGCUGAGGAAGAAACCGAAGUGGAGCCUUAAGAUCUGCUGGUGGAAAUCACCCUUUCUGCCGGAGCUCUUUUACCCUUUUCCUGCAAUCUUUACCCCCGUUAACCUCCCAUAUUGGGGGGGGAAGUUCUCGGGACCCACUCGACCUCUGAGUGGCGUCCGACGACUCCAUCCUUUAUGUUCGGUGUUGGAAUCCAACCAUAAUACAAUCAUGAAAGGAGGUUGGUUGUGCCGUUGUUUUGUUGUUUUUGUUGUUUGUUUUUUUUUAACGUUCGACAAAACACGCCUCCCUCUCUUUCUGUCUGACCACUGCAGCUCCUUUUUAACUGACCAAAGUACGACGAAGAAACACAUGACUUUUUUUUAUUGAAGAAACUUCCAGUGUUGCCGGUAUCUGAGGAGAUUUGCUUUGCUUUGCUGUUGGAAGCUGCAACAAAAACCAAUAAUCGUCUUCCGGAUUUGUUGGCUACUUUAUGGCAUGGGUUCAGAGAUGUUUUUAUUGUUGUUGUGCAGUUGUGAUGUGUCAUGUUGAGCAACCUUUUAGUUUUGUUUUUUGUUUUUUUUUUUGCGAUUUUCACAGUGAAAUUCACGGCGUCGUCUCCCAGGUAAUGGUGUGAUUCACUGAAGGUUUAUUGAUUUUUGGUUUGGCUUUUAUUUUAUUUUCUGGAGAAAAAAAUUCUGAGAGUCUUCACAUUUCGUUAGCAGUUUAUUUCUUUGAUCUGUUGCUCAUUUGGGUGAUAUUUAGGUGUGGAGGGACUUUGUGGUGUGACUCGGCCUGAGGUUGCCAUUUGAGGAUUUCCAUUUGCAGUGAUAACGGAGCCGAGGCGUGGACGCGGUGGUGUGAUUGUGUGUUCCUACAUGUGUUUAUCUGUGUGGAUUUAUUCCUCGUAAUCAUUGACGGAGUCUUGUUUUCCAAGAGUGUGAGCGUGAGACACUGUUAUUUUAUAUUCGGAGCAUCGAGCGGAAGGCUGUUUUUUAAUUUUCCACAGUGAAGAUAGUUUUCUAAUGAAGUGUGGAGGUGAAGGUUGUUCAGAGGAGGUGUUUGAUGGAAGAUCUUGGAGGGAAGAAUUAGAAUUCAUCUCCCAUGCCAUACCUCACCCUCUUAAAAACAGGUAACAUGAAGGAAACCCAUUUUUAAAGCAGCUUGAAAGCCCGGCUGAUGUUCUCUUUAGCAGAUUAGUUUGAAGCUGUCUUGGGGGCGUCUUCCAAACUCUCCUCACUCACUCGUCGUUUUAUGAUCGAGCAAAGCGAGCGCAUCACCUCCUACCUGGCAUUCCUGAGUUUCUUCAAGUUUUUCAGUUGUGAUCGAAGUUGUGAAGAGAUAUUUUUUAAGAAAGUGCAAUUUAACAAGUUCUUAAUAAUAAAAAUGUCGCAACAGCAGAAAACUUGUGUCUUCUUGAUGUCCACCUCUGGUCAUCGAUUUAACCUCUGAAAGCUCAUCUCUGUGUAUCAAAGUCACGUUUAGAAGUUUCAUCCAUGAAAAUGAUUCCUUUGUGCCUUAAAACAGCAUUGUUUCAUCACCAGAAACUGAUUGUGACACCUCAGUUUUUACUCAGCGCUGUUUGGUGGUAAUUCUGUAUAAUAUAUGGAACCUGCCCUCUAGUGUUCAAUGCAAAGAACUGCAUUUAUUUACCAAUAGAUACAGCUUAACUGCAGCCAUGUGGAAAAGAUGCUGAUUUUAAUUUGUUUUUCACUACAGUUUUAUGGAAUAUGAAAACAUGCAUGGAGCCAAAUAAAUGAACAGGUUGGCCGUCCUCAUA